UCAUGAACAUUGUGCUGCUGCUUGACAUUUGCAUAUUCACGACAAAGAUUCACCUCAUGCUAUCUGCCACUCAAAACUUAAUUUCCUCUCUAAACAGCUAGCAUCAGAUUCGAUUAGGCUGUUACUGUAGGCCCCAAAAAGCCAAAAGUUCCCUUCAAGCUCUGCAGAUCUUGUGAGUUCCGAAUACAAACAUUACUCUACUCAACAGUGAUCACCAAGCUUAUUUAAUAGCCAACCAGCCAAUUCGCCUUUGUCCAUUUGUCAGUAACUAAGGGUCUAAGCUCUCUCCUUCUCCUACUCUCUGUUCUUUUACUAGCAUCGAACAUGUAUCAUCCUAGUGCAAGAUCCAAGACCUUGCUUGUUCUUUUACCCAUUUCAGCACUUGUAUUGGUCUUGCUUUCAUUCGUAGCUCUUCUAACAAACAGCCCCAGAGCCACACAACUCCAGCAUUUACACGUCCACAAUCACCUCCAAAUUGCUCACUCAGCAUGUGAAGCGACCUUAUACCCCGACCUUUGCGUCUCCACCAUCUCUGUUCUUCCAGAUCUCGCUUCCAAAUCACUGCCGGAGCUCAUCCAAGCAACUUUAAACCAAACAAUGUACGAGGUCCGUCUCUCCUCUGCCAACUGCACCGGCAUUGAAAAGCGGAUCAAAAGUUACAGCAAACGGGAAGAGGCAGCGAUAAACGAUUGCCUAGAGCUUUUUGAUGACACCCUGGAGGAGCUGAAAGUUGCCCUUGCUGAUCUCGCCCCUAAGAAAUUAGCAGUCUCCAGGAACUACCACGACUUGCAGACAUUUCUAAGCGCCGCGAUGACCAACCAGUAUACGUGUCUUGAUGGGUUCGCACGUAGCAAAGGAAAUGUUAGGAACAUUAUCAAAAAGGGUCUUCACAACAUCACUCAUCACGUGAGCAACUCUCUCGUAAUGCUCAAAAAAGUCCCCGGUGUCAACAAAUCCAAAUCCGAGUAUUUUCCUCAACAGGGACGCUUGAAAAACGGGUUCCCUUCGUGGUUAUCCCGCAAAGAUCGAAAACUUCUACAGGCUUCAGUUAAUGAAACCGAGUUCGACCUCAUAGUUGCCAAGGAUGGCACUGGGAACUUCACUACCAUCAACGACGCUGUUGCCGCUGCUCCAAAUAAUAGUAACACAAGGUUUGUGAUAUAUAUAAAAGCAGGGUCUUAUCUUGAAAAUGUAGAGGUGGUAAAGAAGAAGAAAAUGCUGAUGUUUGUGGGAGAUGGGAUCGGUAAGACAGUGGUGAAGGCCAGCAGAAAUGUCGUUGAUGGCUUUACUACUUUCCGUUCUGCCACCGUCGCUGUGGUGGGGGAGGGAUUCAUAGCGAAAGGGAUAACCUUCGAGAACUCGGCGGGGCCGAGCAAACACCAAGCAGUGGCUUUAAGGAGUGGGUCAGACCUCUCUGCAUUCUACAAAUGCAGCUUCGUUGCUUACCAAGACACUCUCUACGUCCAUUCCCUUAGGCAAUUCUAUCGGGAAUGUGACAUAUACGGGACAGUGGACUUCAUAUUCGGAAACGCAGCUGUUGUUUUCCAGGACUGCAAUUUAUAUGCUCGUAAACCCAAUCCAAACCAGAAGAACAUUUUCACAGCUCAAGGAAGAGAAGACCCUAACCAGAACACUGGGAUUUCAAUUCUGAACUGCAAGAUCGCUGCAGCUGCGGAUUUAGUCCCCGUAAAAUCAUCUUUCAAGACGUAUUUGGGGCGUCCUUGGAAAGAGUAUUCCAGGACAGUUAUUAUGCGUUCGUACAUUGAUGAUUCAGUGGAUCCUGCCGGAUGGUUAGAAUGGAAUGGGACGUUUGCUUUGAGUACCCUCUAUUAUGGGGAGUACCUGAACCGAGGGCCAGGGUCCAAUACGAGUGCAAGAGUAACUUGGCCUGGUUAUAGGGUCAUCAACAGUUCCACUGAGGCAACUCAGUUUACUAUUGAGCCAUUUAUACAAGGAAAUGAGUGGCUAAAUUCUAGCAAUAUUCCAUUCGCUCUCGGCUUGAAUUGAGAGCUAAAUGCCACUUACGUGCCUCCCUUAUUUUAUUUUUCGUUAAUAAUUGGAUUCCGUGUUUGUCUGAUCAAGUUAGCCACCAUGCAGUUUGAUCCCAUGUCAAAUUGCUUUUGUACUGAAAUUAAUAAGAAAAUGAAUAAUUCUUUUCUCUCUUCCUAAAA